GGGGCUUCGGUGCCGGUGCUGCUGCCGGUACCGUCCUUGCCCGCCGGCUCGCUCCGGAUUGUCCGUCCGUCCCUCCCUCCCUCCCUCCAUCCCCUCUCGCUUUAUUUUCUUGCCGUCCGCGGGCUCGGGCCCCCCACGCCGCUGCCACCCUGAAGUUUCUGGCUGUGCUGCUGGCGGCGGGUAUGCUGGCUUUCCUGGGGGCCAUCAUCUGCAUCAUCGCCAGCGUCCACCCGGCCGGCACCGCCGCUCCCGCCGCCGCCCCCGCCGCCGACAAUGACUCGGCCGCCGCCGCGCUCCUGCCCGCCGACAAGGGGCUGGGAGCGCUGCACGGCCCCGCCGAGGCUCUGGCCAGCGCCGGGCCCCGCCUGCCCGGGGGGCCGCAGCCGCCGCUAUUCAGCCGCUUCGUUUGCACACCGCUGAGCGCCGAGUGCCCGGCUACCGGCAGCGGCCCCGCCGCCAGUCCCGGCCCCGAGGAGCUGCUGGCGCUGCGGAGCGCGGCGGCCCAGCUGCGCCGCACGGCGCUGGAGCAGAAGGAGCGAAUCCGUAUGGACCAGGAGACCAUCCGGGAGCUCACCGGCAAGCUCAGCCGCUGUGAAGGCGGCCUGCGAAGCCCUGCCGCCGCUCCCGCCGCCGCCGGGCUCCGCGCCGCCCCGCGCCCCGGCACCAUGGGUCACCCACCCGCCGAGCCGCCCGCUGUGCGAGAGCUGGAGGAGGCUGUCCGCGCCCUCCAGGACCGCAUCGAACGGAUAGAGCAGGAGCUGCCGGCCCGCACCAACGGCUCGGUGCCAAACACACCAGCUCUUGCCCGGGAUGCCCUCCAUACUAAGAUGGAGCAGCUGGAGGAGCAGCUCCUCUCAAAGAUCCUGACCCUGCAGAAGGAGCGCCAGGCUGCCAACACUGACCACAGCCAGCAGCAGCACAACAUCGAGAAGGAGCUGAGCUCCCUCCAGAACCGAGUGAUGGAGCUGGAGCAUGGACCACCAGGCUAUAGUCCUCCUGAUGCCUUCAAGGUGACCAUCCCGGUGCAGAACAACUACAUCUAUGCCCGCAUGAAGAAGAGCCUGCCGGAGCUCUAUGCAUUCACUAUCUGCAUGUGGCUGAAGUCCAAGGCUCUGCUGGGGCUCGGCACCCCUUUCUCCUACUCUGUCCCAAGCCAAGCUAAUGAGAUCGUGCUGAUGGAGUGGGGCAGCAACCCCCUGGAGCUGCUCAUCAAUGACAAGGUUGCCCAGCUGCCUCUGAGCCUGAAGGAUAAGGCCUGGCACCACAUCUGCGUGGCGUGGACCACCCGGGAUGGCAAGUGGUCAGCGUACCAGGAUGGUGAGCAGCGGGGUGCUGGUGAGAACCUGGCCUCCUGGCACGCCAUCAAGCCCCAGGGCAUCAUCAUUCUGGGCCAGGAGCAGGAUACGCUGGGUGGCGGCUUUGAUGCCACACAGGCCUUCAUGGGGGAGUUGGCACAGUUUGGCGUGUGGGAUCACAUGCUGGCGCCGGCGGAGAUCCUGGGCUUGGCCAACUGCACCUCCCACCUCCAAGGCAAUGUGAUCCAGUGGGACGACCAGGCGGUGGAGGUCUUCGGAGGUGCCAGCAAGAAGAGCUUCACUGCCUGCGAGGAAGGGAGGAAGGCAUGAGUGGCCCCUUGCCCCCUCCCCAGCACCAAGGAGCCUGGUGCCAGCCCCGAAGCACCUUUCUCCCCUCCCAGACUGCCGAGCCUCACCAGGGCAAUGCUUGGGCCUCCAAUGCUGGUGUUCUGGGAGGGAGUGGGCCCCUGGCAGCCUCCCUCUUGCCCCUGCGCCAGCAGCGUGGCUUGUCCAUGCUCCUGGCA